AUGGAGUCAACCUACCACUCGUUGGCAAACCACGUUCAGCAAAUCUGGGAAGAGAAACGCGCAAAAGGUCACAGGCGUGUCAUCAUUGCCGUUGCAGGCCCUCCGGGAUCUGGAAAGUCAACCAUUACGCAGGAAGUUGCCCGUACCGUGGCGGGGCUACCUCAAGGCCCUUUGAUCGCAUCGAUUUCCGCCGAUGGGUUCCAUCUUUCCCUCGACACUCUUCGCAUGUUGCCAAACAGCAAAGAACUUACCGCGCGGAGAGGGGCCCCUUGGACAUUCGAUGGUGAUGCAGUCGUGGAGCUCAUACGGAGGCUUCAAAAUUCACCUGACCAAAUCAUCACAGCACCAACUUUCGACCAUGCGAAAAAAGAUCCUGUCCCAGAUGGCGUGAAGAUAGGACCUGAGAUCCAGGUCUGUCUCGUAGAAGGGAAUUACCUUCUUAGCAAGGAAGCACCAUGGGAUGCCAUUGCUGGACUUGUCGACGAGAGAUGGCUGGUCACGGUAGACCGAGACGUCGCCAUCAGAAGAAUCGCCAAUCGCCAUUUAAAAGCAGGGAUUGAGAGUACGAUGGAGAAGGCACUUGAGCGAACGCUCAACAACGAUAUGCCAAAUAGCGACUUUGUGAUGCGCACCAGCCAGGGAAGAUUUGAUGUAGAAGUGGAAAGCGUAGAGGUCGGGUCUUGUAUCGGUGCACCUUCACCAUCAUGUGGCUCUUGA